AUGGUCUGUCUCCCUCCUGCCCACGCGCCCCUGCCUGUUCUGACCCCCCAUUCGUCCCUCAGUGCGAUCGCAAGCGACCCUGCGGUAGAUGCACCCAACUCGGCCUUGUAUACCGGGCUGUGCGUGUACGAGGUCGACGAUCCCAGCCGCAAGACUUCCUCUGGCGAAGCGCAAGACGAGCGCGACAGGCUCCAGAAGCGAGUCGCCGAACUCGAGAGCGUCAUCCGCGAGCUCAAGAACAAACCACAUCCACGCUGGGUGGCUGGCGCAAGUGCCGCCAGCAGUGCAGGCGAGAGCUCUGCACGGCCCUCCCUCUCGGCCAUUUCCACAGACGCCAUCCGGGCCAGUCCCCCUCUGCCCUCAGCGCCCAAAUCAUCUCCGACUUCGACUGCGAACUGCAGUCCGUCGCAUUCAAAUAGGAACAGUGUAUUACUAAGCUCCACCGUCUCCCCAUACCCCUCCUCGCACAACUCGCCCUUUAUGGGCGCAAGCACUUCGCACCUCCCGCCCAGCCCCUCCCUCGCAGACAGCUCGCCCCUCGACACGCCCUCGCCGCUCUCGCUUUCCUCCGCCGUCGAGCCACAACACCUGUCCGGCGGCUCGUGUCUGCAGUCCGACUACGACCUCUCGUCGAUGUUCACCACGUGCUCGACGGACAAGCUCGCGGGCGAGGACCCGCUCUUCAACGAGAUCUGGGACCGGCUCAUCCGCGAGAACGGCUGCAGCACGAGCCGGGCGGGCGAGCACUGCGGGUGCCUGCACGACCCCGCGAACUACAACGUCGUGCUCGAGCUCUCGCUGCGCCUGCGCAAGGCGGCGGACCUCCUCGGGCGGGUGCCGAAGCACAGCCCGGGCGCGGCGCCGUGCGCGAUCAGCCAGAACAUCGCCGAGCUGGACCGCCUCGCCUCGAACACGCUGGGGAACAUGAGCGCGCCGCCCGAGCCGUUCGCGCCGUUCCCGAUGCGCGAGCGCGCGAACACGGUGCCGUCGUGCGCGGCGCUGCAGUACGCAGGGUUCGGGGGCGCACGGGCGGCGGUGCCCGCGCCUGCGCCUGCGCAGACGCUCGCGCCGCUGCAGCCGUGGGAGUACAAGAGCCCGCCGUCGUAUCCGAGCCCGCCAUGGGACGACUCGUUCAUGUCGUGGGUGCCGCAGCGGCAAUGA